AUGGCAGUAGCAGCAAUAAGAUGGGUGAUAUCAAACAGAACUUUCUUGAAACAUUUAUUUCCAAUUCAAAAUGGAGUUUUAUAUUGUGUUUGUCAUAAAUCUACAUAUUCUUCUCUUCCAGAUAACUAUAAUUGCAAGGUUGAGCUUGCUCUGACAUAGGAUGGCAGGACCAUAGUAUGCUACCAUCCUUCUGUGCACAUUCCAUAUGAACACACAAAACCUAUCCCUCAUCCAGAUCCAGUGCAUAACAAUGAGGAAACACAAGAUCAAGUGCUGAAAACCAGAUUAGAAGUGAGAGAUGAACCCCUUGAGCAAGGACCCAUGAUAGAAAUGUUCUUUACUACUAAACACCGUUGGUAUCCUCAUGGACUGUAUCACAGACGUCAUAAGACAUUGAAUCCUCCAAAAGACAGAUGCUUUCAAGGUUAUUAG